AUGACACUGUACGACAACUUUGACUUUAAACCUCUUGUUGUUCUUCAUUUUUCAUCUACAACACCUGAUGAAACUAAAAACUGGGUGAUUAAACGCUUGAUUGCACGACAAGAUGAAGAUGAUGGUGCUGAUUUACUUGUUCGAUAUGAUACUGAUCCUGAAAGUCAUAACGAUAUUCUUCUAAUCGGUGCAACUCUAGAUCGUUUAUUACUUGGUGCUGAAGAAUUACGAAUUAAAAAGCCGUAUAAAAAUGAUACUUUACAUGAAUUUCUUAUUUCGGAUAUUCAUAAUUUUAAAAAUUCUGAAAAUCUAGAUAAUUUUCUACUUAAAUCUGAAAAACAAGUUAUUAUUUGGGAUGAAAUACAAAAUGUACGUCCAAUGCAACAUGAACAUACUGUACCGGGUGUUCCUACAAAAUCAAUAACACCUAAUAAUGAUACAAUUCUUGGUCUUCUACGUGACCUUGAUUUUGUUAUUAGUGUUUUUCCAUUACAUGAUAAAGAAGCAAUUAAAUUAAUGGAACAUGAUUGGUUCAUGUCAACACAUUCAUUUUUUAAAUCACAAGAUAUUCAUAAAAUUCGAAAUUAUUUUGGUGAAAAUGUUGCAUAUUAUUUUGCAUUUCUUGAAUUUUAUACAAAAGCACUUAUACCUACAUCUAUACUUGGUUUUCUGGUUAGUAUUUGGCCGGGUUCAGAGUUUUUAAAAUAUUCAUUAUUUUGUAUUUUUAAUGUUAUUUGGUGGAGUAUAUUCAUGGAACAAUGGAAACGUUUGAGUAAUAAACUUGCUUAUCAAUGGGGUUCAUAUGAUUUUAAAGUCUUUGAACGUCCCCGUUCACUCUACUAUGGAGAUUUACAACUUUCACCAAUAACAAAUCAACCAGAACGAGUAUAUCCAAGAUGGAAACGAAUAUUAAAAAAAUAUUUAGUUACUUAUCCAGUAGUAAUGUGUUGUUUAGCAUUAUCAUUAUGGAUUUAUUUUGGUUAUUAUCGAAUACAAAUAAAAACAAAUAAUAAUUAUCCAUUAGAUAGUUCUUUAUUUUCUAUUCAUGCUAAACUUAUGCGUACAAUGCCAUCAGCUGGUUAUUCAUUACUUAUUAUUCCAAUGAAUUUAAUUUAUAAAAAAAUAGCUACAUAUCUGACUGAUUAUGAAAAUCAUCGUCUUCAAACAGGUUAUGAAAAUAAUUUAACAUCGAAAUUAUUUGUUUUUUAUUUUAUAAAUUGUUUCAUUGGACUUUUUUAUGAAGGAUUUUUUAAUGUUAAUUAUGGAAAUGUUGUGCAAUUACUUAUAUCAUUGGUUAUUUUAAAUGCUAUUUUCUUAAAAUUUACUGAACAAAUUGGUCCAUACGUACUGAAACGUAUUAAAAGAAAUCAAUUAACUGAAGGAAAACCACAAAUUGGUCAAGUUAGUGAUGCAGUGAAACAAGCAAAAACAUUAAUUUCAUUUGACGGAACAUAUGGAGAUUAUUUGACCAUCUUUGAACAAUAUGGCUAUGUUGCUUUAUUUUCGGCAGUCUUUCCAUGGAUCGCAAUUUGUGCAUUAAUUAAUAAUAUAUUUGAACUUCGUGCUGAUGCUUUUAAAUAUUGUCAUGUCUAUCAACGUCCAUUUGCUCAACGUGCUUGGAAUAUUGGUAGUUGGCGUUAUGCAUUUGAUAUACUAAGUUCAAUCGCCAUUGUUACUAAUACAGCAUUAAUUGCAAUGCAACCAUCAGUUCGUGAAUAUUUUUCAUCAUAUACAGAUGCUGAAUAUUUUCUAAUUUUUGUUGCUGCUGAACAUAUUCUUUUAGCAUUGAAAUUUGCUAUUAGUUUUGCUAUCCCAAGCACACCAGCGGAAGUUCAAAUUGCUAAAAAUAAACAUCUCUAUGAAUCUCAUCAAGCUUUAAGACUUGAACGUGAACGCAGAACAUUAAAAGCUCAAGUAUCAAUCAAGAAACAUUAA